AACUGAGCCAACCGGCCAACUGUAAAUACUGUACAGUCUAAAUAAUAGAUGCAUGUCAGGGGCAGUGCUGGGACACCUGAGACGUGUAUGGAAUGGGAUUCUCCUCCUACAGGCUGCUUCUUAUUAAUGUUCCUUGAGCCUUCACAGCACUAGCGUCGGUGUGCGCUGUCUUCUGUAAAACCCUAUUCCAACAGCUGGGACAGCGUAUGGAGGUCCCGGACUUAAAAGCAAGUUUGUUGAAGAUGAAAGUGACCUUAUCAGCUUUGGAUACUUACGAGAGUUCUUUUACACCUUUGGUGGUCAUAGAACUUGCUCAGGAUGCCAAAGAAGAAACCAAAGAAUGGCUGAAAAACAGAAUUACUGCUAAAAAGAAAGAUGGAGGUGCUCAGUUGUUGUUUAGACCAUUGUUAAAUAAAUAUGAGAAAGAAACACUAGAAAAUCAGAAUUUAUAUCUUGUUGGUGCCUCCAAGAUUCGAUUGUUAUUGGGGGCAGAAGCAGUGGGAUUGGUGAAAGAGUGCAAUGAUAACACCAUGAGAACCUUCACAUAUGGAACCCGACAGAACUUCAAAGGUUUUGAUGAUAACAAUGAUGAUUUUCUCACAAUGGCAGAAUGUCAAUUUAUUAUCAAACAUGAACUUGAAAAUCUUAGAGCUAGAGAUGAAAAAAUGAUCCCCGGUUACCCCCAGGCAAAGUUGUAUCCAGGAAAAUCAUUAUUGAGAAGACUGCUUACGGCUCGCAUUGUGACUCAGGUGUUUCCACUGCAUGAUAAUGAAGCUCUGAAGAAACUUGAGGACACCUGGUACACUCGGUUUACUUUAAAGUAUCAGCCCAUAGACAAUAUUCGUGGCUACUUCGGGGAAACAAUCGCUCUUUACUUUGGAUUUUUGGAAUAUUUCACUUUUGCCUUAAUCCCCAUGGCUGUCAUUGGGCUACCUUACUACUUGUUCGUGUGGGAAGACUAUGACAAGUACGUGAUCUUCGCCUCGUUCAACCUGCUCUGGUCCACAGUGAUCCUAGAAGUGUGGAAGCGUGGCUGUGCCAACAUGACCUACAGGUGGGGGACACUGGUCAUGAAGAGACAGUUUGAGGAGCCCCGGCCAGGAUUUCAUGGAAUCCUGGGUAUCAAUUCCAUCACUGGCAGGGAAGAACCUCUCUAUCCCAGCUACAAGAGACAGCUGCGCAUUUACCUGGUCUCUCUGCCGUUUGUGUGCCUCUGCCUCUAUUUCUCUCUGUAUGUCAUGAUGAUUUACUUUGACAUGGAGGCCUGGGCCUUGGAUCUGCAUGAGAACAGUGGGUCUGAGUGGACCAGUGUCUUGUUGUAUGUGCCCAGCAUCAUUUAUGCCAUUGUGAUUGAGAUCAUGAACCGCCUCUAUCGCUAUGCUGCUGAGUUUUUAACUUCAUGGGAGAAUCACAGAUUGGAAUCUGCCUACCAGAAUCAUCUAAUUCUGAAAGUUUUAGUGUUCAACUUUCUAAAUUGCUUCGCCUCACUCUUCUACAUUGCCUUUGUUCUGAAAGAUAUGAAGCUUUUGCGCCAGAGCUUGGCCACUCUCCUGAUUACCUCCCAGAUCCUUAACCAAAUUGUGGAAUCUCUUCUUCCUUAUUGGCUCCAAAGGAAGCAUGGUGUGCGGGUAAAGAGGAAGGUGCAGGCUUUAAAGGCAGACAUCGAUGCUUCAUUAUAUGAACAGGUCAUCCUGGAAAAAGAAAUGGGAACUUAUUUGGGUACCUUCGAUGAUUACUUGGAGUUAUUCCUGCAGUUUGGUUAUGUGAGCCUUUUCUCCUGUGUUUACCCAUUAGCAGCUGCCUUUGCUGUGUUAAAUAACUUCACUGAAGUCAAUUCAGAUGCCUUGAAAAUGUGCAGGGUCUUCAAACGUCCAUUCUCAGAACCUUCAGCUGGUAUUGGUGUAUGGCAGUUGGCUUUCGAAACAAUGAGUGUUAUAUCUGUCGUCACUAACUGUGCUCUGAUUGGAAUGUCACCACAAGUGAAUGCAGUCUUUCCAGAGUCAAAAACGGACCUCAUUUUGAUUGUAGUAGCAGUGGAGCAUGCACUUCUGGCUUUAAAGUUCAUACUUGCAUUUGCCAUUCCUGAUAAACCACGGCACAUCCAGAUGAAACUAGCCAGAUUGGAAUUUGAAUCUUUGGAGGCACUCAAGCAGCAGCAGAGAGAUGUUCUUCUGGGUCCCCUGGUCAGUUUGUGGGCCACAUCUGAAGGGGAUGCACGGAUGACGGAAUCACGCGAGACCCG